AUGGGAAACAGCACCGACGAAUCGUCUCCGUCGCUUCCUAUGUUUCCAUUUUACCUGAGGGUUUUGAAGUUGAGUUUAUACGUCAUAAUUUUCGUUAUAAGCCUUGUCGCAAACAGUCUUGUUUGCAUCGUCAUUUUGAGACGUAAAAAAAUGAAGACAGUCACAAAUUAUUUCAUUCUUAACUUAGCCAUCGCUGAUCUGACGCUGAACUGUUUUUGCAUCCCAUUUGAUAUACCAGUACAAGAAUUGAACUCUAUCUGGCCGUACGGUUCAAUCAUGUGUAAAAUAUUGUACCCCAUACAAACACUGUUGCUCUUCGCCUCUGUGAAUACUCUAACAGCAGUAAGCCUGGCUAGGCAAAGGGCCAUUGUAUAUCCUAUGAAGAGGCAGCUGACCAAAUCUGGCGCUAAAAUAAUCAUAACUGGAUUGUGGCUGUUUGCCUCCAUUCCCGUUAUUCCGUAUUUUCAAGCGUUACGAUUUAAUCCAGAGCUCCACAUCUGUGAGGAGAGCUGGAACGACUCCACCUCCACCAAAGUGUACACUUCAGUCAUCUUCUUCUUCCAGUAUCUCCUGCCAUUCUGUAUAAUGUUCACUGCAUAUUUUAGCAUCAGCCAAGAAUUGAAAAGAAGAGCGGAGAAUGGCAACCAGUCUAUGAAAGAUGUUCAGGAGUUGGAGGCCCGGAAAGUAGUACGCAUGCUAAAGGUGGUGACGACGCUGUUCGCUAUUAGUGUACUGCCAAACAACGUCAUGUGGCUCUGGCUGGAUUAUGGAGACGCUGAGAAGAAAUGCAAAUAUUUUUGGGAGUUGAUCGCCUUCACAAAUAUUCUAAUAUAUUCCAACAGCGCUGCCAAUCCUAUAUGUUACACUAUCUUAAAUGAAAAUUAUCGACAGGAAAUAUCGAGGUUAAUUGCAUGUAGAUCAUUCAAACUCCGGGACAUGCUGGGAAAAAAGGAAAACAAAGCUGUCAGUAAGCAACUCUCCAUUGAAGAAGCUAAGAAAAGAUCAUCCACCGUGUCAUCUUAUGUUAUGAAUAAAUUUCUUCUUGACAACUAG